CCCUGCUGGGGGCCUCUCUGGCUUGAGCUCAGCCAUGUUUAGGGCAGAAAAGAAGAGCCCAACUCUGGCAUCAGGGUGGCCUUGGCAACCCUCAUCUGGGAUGGGGGCUCACACCCUGGGUGGAUGCUGGGUGGAACCCGAAGUCUUGGCCUAGGUGCGGCAGGCGGGCCAGGAGUGGCCCAGCAGGUGGGGUGGGGGCUGGGAGUCACUCCUGCCCAGUGCCAGGCCCCUAGCAGGGAUACGCCCCACCCUGGGACGGGUGAGGCUCACAGGGAGGGGCCACGACCACCUCAUCCUGCCAGCAAGGGGCUCCCCGGGGAGCCUGGGACAAGAGCUGCCUCCCCAUCAUGGCGGGUCAAACAAUGAAGGAGAUGCAGGGACACACUACCACCAAGCUAUUGUUCAAGGGAGAGAAAGAGGGAAGGCCUGGGAGACCAGCCCCCCUUGUCCUGGGCCUGCGGGCACUCAGGGACCCCCCUGCUGAGGCUCGAGCCCCUUCAGGCCUGUCUACCCCUCCUGGAGCUCAGCUAGGACCAGCCUUACCUGUCCCCUGCUCCUAGGACCAGAGGGAGAGAGCAUUAUGCGGGUGGGGUGUGGGGUUCCCUGGGCGCAGGGCCAGGGAGCCCGGUGUUUGGGGAAGGCUCCCCGUGGGUCUGGGGGAGCCGGAAGCCUGCAGUAACUUUGCUGUUCCAUGGUUGGUGUUACUGAGACUCAGUCUGUCUGCACUCUGGGAAAGGGGGCAGGGGAGCUCUGUGGGCCCCCUCUGUGCCCACCCAUCUCAGACACUGGGGAGGGCUCUGGUGGUCCUCUGUGCUCCCUCCUCCAACUCCCACCCCAUCUCUAGCAGUGGUGGGGCCUUCACUGGCUCUGGCAGCUGAGGUGGUUCUAAGAAUGGAAAUGCCUCGAGAGUGUCAGGCACUAGGAGGAGGUGGGGAGGAGGUGGGCGCAGCAGUGUCUGUGGCUCGGGAAGUCCUGAGGAGUAUUUGUUGUGCCUCGGGGGCCAGAGAAAGGGAGUGGAAGGGCCCCUUCCUUGGGGAUCCCCCAGGGAAUCCCCAGGCCCCAUCUGGACGAAGUCAGGGGACAGGGCAGGCAGGCAGGGAGCUGGUCUUGUCCCCCUGACCCGGACCUCCACUGAGGCUGUGCCUUACCGAUGGGGAAACUGAGGCCUUCUGGGGGCAACGAGCCCAUCAGGCACCAGGCUGUGGGGUGCCAGCUCUGUCUGUCCUCCUGGAGAUGCCCUGGGCCCGAAAUGUCAGCCUGUCUGGGCAGGAAGUGGGCUGAGGGGCCAUGUCUAAAUUGGAGCCGGGAGUGGAGGCUGGGUGGGACUCAGCCCCAAGGCCCCUCGCAGGUCUGCGUGGUGGAGGGCUGGGGCCAGCGCAGAGGCUUUCUCAGAGCCAGGGCUGGGGGCGGGCUGGGGAGCUGGGGCCUGUGGCUCCCCCCCCUCUCGGAUGAAAGGCUCCCCUGUUCCCAGCAGCGGGCCCACCCCUCCUCCCCAGGUGCCAGCGGCCUCCAGGCCACACAGCAGCAGCAUGAGCCUAGACAGGGGGACAGAGGCCCCUUAAGCGGGGAGCCAAGAAGGGAGGGCCUAGGUGGGGGAGAACUGUGGGGCCUCCCGUUCCCACUGACGCACAGUCCAGGGACACGUCUCUUUGGAUCCCCAGCUCCUUUGCAGGCCUCCCUUGCCACCGGGCUGGUGCUGGCUUGUUCAGAUUCUGGUGGGUCCUGCGGGUAGGGUCAGUGAGGAAGGGUUUGGGGGCUCAGGAGACCCCUGUGGUCCCUGGAGUGGCCGCACAGGUGUGAGGGCUGAGCUGGCUGGAGCCCUACAGGCCCUGUGUUGCCCAGUCCUGUAAGUGAGAGCAGGGUGGAAGCUCAGAGGGAGUGUCCCCCUUAGGGGGAAGGGUUCACUCCAGCACCCCCUACCUCUGCUGGCAGCGGCUGUCUGGGGGCAGAGGUGGCAGCGCAGGGCUGGCCGGCGGGUUUGUGGAGCUACGCACUGGCCACAGCUUCCAAGUUUGCAGAGGUGGGGGUAGGGGUUGGGCAUCUAGUGCUCGGAUCGCUCCCUUCCCCAAACGUAAGCCUCCGCGGGCCUGGGUGGGGAGGUGGGCUCUGCCCUCGCAGGUUCCCAACUUCUCUCGGCGGCCACGGCGGUAAGAAUUCUCCAGACACACGCGCACACACGCGAGGGGCGGGCCGUGCAUCGGUGGGUAGCUGGGGGCGCCUCUGUGACACCGCCGCGGGAGAGUAGGGGGACCGGGCGGGCUCCCGCGGGCGCACGCGUGGAUGGGGGCGUACUCGGGCGCCCUCUGGCAGGCGGGACGCGGCAGCGCAGACCCGGCCGUGGACCCGGUCCCCCGCCCACCCGGCUGUGUAGUCGCUGGACUGACGGCCUGAGCCGCGCCGCUCCGCGCGCAGCCGCCCGCCAGCCCGCCGAGCUGGGCCCUGCCCUCCUCAGCUCCGUGGCUCCGCCCGCGCGGCCCAAUUUCCAGGCGACUGUCUCCCGGAGACCGCGCGCUCCUCUCCGGCGCGAGGGCCCGCCUGUGCCAGGGGCAGGCCCGCCUAGGGCCGGCGAGCGGCUUGGUGGCCUCGGGGUCCCGGCAUCGCGUGAGCGCCGCCCCUCCGGGCUUCGGUUCCCGCGUCCGUAACCCGUAACCCGGGGGCGAGAACAGGGCCUCGGGGCCGCACAGCGCGCGAGCCCCUGGCGCACAGCUACGCCGGGUGGGCCUGACGCACUCUGGGCCCCAGCGCAGCGGGCAAGGUCCCGGGGUCGCUGCGAUGGACUCGCUGGCGGCACCCCAGGACCGCCUGGUGGAGCAGCUGCUGUCGCCGCGGACCCAGGCCCAGAGGCGGCUCAAGCCAGCCACCCCCGCGGCUGGAUCGGGGCCAGACGGGGCCUCCCACCCCUUACACUCGGGAGGGGACAUCGACAAGCAGUACGUGGGCUUCGCCACACUGCCCAAUCAGGUGCACCGCAAGUCUGUGAAGAAGGGCUUCGACUUCACGCUCAUGGUGGCGGGGGAGUCGGGCCUGGGGAAGUCCACACUGGUCCACAGCCUCUUCCUGACUGACUUGUACAAGGAACGGAAGCUGCUCAGUGCUGAGGAGCGCAUCAGCCAGACGGUUGAGAUCCUGAAGCACACGGUGGACAUUGAGGAGAAGGGGGUCAAGCUGAAGCUCACCAUUGUGGACACACCAGGCUUCGGGGACGCCGUCAACAACUCUGAGUGCUGGAAGCCCAUCACCGACUACGUGGACCAGCAGUUUGAGCAGUAUUUCCGGGACGAGAGCGGCCUCAACCGCAAGAACAUCCAGGACAACCGUGUGCACUGCUGCUUGUACUUCAUUUCCCCUUUUGGGCACGGGCUGCGGCCAGUGGACGUGGGCUUCAUGAAAGCCCUGCACGAGAAGGUGAACAUCGUGCCCCUCAUUGCCAAAGCCGACUGUCUCGUCCCCGGUGAGAUCCGGAAGCUGAAGGAGCGGAUCCGGGAGGAGAUCGACAAGUUUGGGAUCCACGUUUACCAGUUUCCUGAGUGUGACUCGGACGAGGACGAGGAGUUUAAGCAGCAGGACCGGGAACUGAAGGAGAGCGCACCCUUCGCUGUCAUCGGCAGCAACACGGUGGUGGAGGCCAAGGGGCAGCGGGUCCGGGGGCGUCUGUACCCCUGGGGGAUCGUGGAGGUGGAGAACCAGGCACACUGCGACUUCGUGAAGCUUCGCAACAUGCUCAUCCGUACACACAUGCAUGACCUCAAGGACGUGACAUGCGACGUGCACUACGAGAACUACCGAGCGCACUGCAUCCAGCAGAUGACCAGCAAACUGACGCAGGACAGCCGCAUGGAGAGCCCCAUCCCCAUCCUGCCACUGCCAACCCCCGAUGCUGAGACGGAGAAGCUCAUCAGGAUGAAGGAUGAGGAGCUAAGGCGCAUGCAGGAGAUGCUGCAGAAAAUGAAGCAGCAAAUGCAGGACCAGUGACCCCACCACAGCCCCACUUUUCCAUGGAUAUACUGCCAGUUUCCAGACUGGCCCUUCCCACCCCUGGACCCCGACUGGCCUGGACUCGACACCGGAUUCGUCUGGAUCGCUAACAGGCCUGGACACAACCCCAAUUGCAGAGUGGCCCAGACCUGGACUUUUUCCUACUGUUCCUGAACUGACCCAGAGACGCGGGGUCGCAGCCCCCAGCCAGCCCUAAUUUAUUCUCAGCAUCAGCCCCUCCCGUCAUUUGUGUCUGCUUCCAAGGGGCCUGGACAAUGGCCCCCACAGCCAGCCCUCUCUGGCCUUGGGGGAGCAGGAGCUAAGUUGAGUGGUGACUUCUGAGAUCUCCCCCCAACCCAGAAGGUCACAGCACUUAGAUUCCAGGCCCUACUCAGAUGGGCAGGUAAACCAAGGCAGAAUAGGGGAGCAGGUCCGCAGGAUCCUGGGCCUAUUCCCUGCCCAGGGCUGCAGAGUGAACUUGGGAGCCCUCACUUUGUGCUGAGGUGGGCCAGGUCCUUCUUACCUCCUCACCCACUCACCAGGUAGCUCAGCGGGCAGGUUGGACAGCCGAAGCAAUUAGGAUCCCUCCAGACCUUAGGAGGCCAGCUGGCUGCUGGGGAGGAAUAAUGGGGCUGCCUACGCCCCUCCCCCACGGCCAUGGCCCGGCUCCAGGAGCAGUGGGUGGUGGGCAAACUGGCAACCCCCAUCCCUGGACCACCCUUCCCUGUUGGUCGCUGGAGGCCUGUUCCCCGCAGCAGCACUGUUGCCCCGGGUUCCUGAGCCCCUGGUCCCCCAUCCCUCCACCCGCAUGAUCCCUGCCCCCAAGCCCCAUCCUCCAAUUUGUUCAGUUGUGAAUGCUGCGUCCUGUCCUGGUGACGGGAGAACAAUGUUGGUGAACGUCGAA